CCUGCACACACCACCUGGAUGAUCUUUUUUUCCCCUAGGAAAUGGGCAACCUUAAACCUGGCUGGAGAGGAGAUGGGACAGGAAUGCUUUUUUUUUUUCUUCUAGGAGGUAUCUAGCAGGACAUUUUUGUUUCCAGCUCCUGGCUGGCUAAAUUUCUUCUCCCUGGAUACCGCACCUGCUGCUGAAAUCCAAUAAGACUCUUGCUUUCUUGCUUUUCUCUCCUAUAAAGCCUAGGGAGUCAUGCCUUGUAACCCCUUUCUGAGUGGGAACAUGGGUAUUGCUUGUAUUAGAGAAUAACUCUGUCAGGGGUCACUGUUACCGGGAAAGGUUCGGACACUGUGAAAGGAUUGUGCUGUGAGGGUGUGUGUUGGGCUCAGAUAGCUAAGCCCACUUAUCUCUCUGCCAGUGUCCCUUUUGCUUGCCAGUCUUCCUCCCUCUUCCAUCUCCUACUGUACCACAUGUGACAGGAGGAAGGCUCAUGUGACGCUUCUUAGGAAAGACAGCUGCUGAACCUUCCCCUUACUCCCCCCAGAAUACGCACUGCCAGCCUGGUCCCCUCUUCCUUUGGCCCUGGCUCUAGUUCCUUUGCUUUUUCCUCAAUCCCAGGCUCCCCACAACCUCUGUCCUCAGGGCCUCCUGGCUUGACAUUGUUCCCACUCCCCCCCUGCCAAGUCUCAUCAGGCUCUCUCCUCCUCUUCCCCAGGACGGGGCUGUCCGCUGAGGAGUAUGGCCUAGAUCCUGGAAUUCUCCAUUUUAGCCAGAUGAGAUGCCUCCCAAGAUUAGUAAAGAAGGUGCUAGGGUAGUUGGAAUCUGUUUGGGGUGGGAGGGGACAGGGUGGCAGUCAUGACUGGGGAACCCGGGAGAGAGGAGGCUGAGGUUCUGUGGAGCAGUGAGGGUAGCCGGGUGAAGGAAGAAAGCGUAUCAGGCGGGGACGAUGAUGGCUGGUUGGGCUUGAGGACAGGUUACACAGUUGGGAGGGAAACACUGUCGUCAGCCGGAAAGGACACAGUCUCUGUCUGGCUAAGUCCCUGUCCUGGUGAACAGGAGAAUGAGGAUAGACCUCAGAGGAGAGGUAGGGAUGCGUGGAGGGGAGGCAGGGAGGCAGUGGAAGUGGCGGGUGUGGGGUCUGAGAGCCGCUCUGAGCUCAGAGUCAGGGGCAGAUCAGUUGAGUGGCCCCCGCUCCACGGUGUCAUCCCCAAAGAAAAAUCUUCAUCCUUCCCGCUGGAACCGAAUCCUAGCCAGGUUGGUGGCUGGCCCAGGCCUCAGGCCUAGCCUUUGCCACUCCCUGGCCUGGGGCUCUCAUUCGGAGCCGGACACGCACCUUCUGCCUCGUCCGGCCACAGCGACGUGGGGGCCGCUGGGGUGGGUGCCCCGGACCUGCCUCUCCUCCCCUCUUCGCGCCCCCGGGUCCUUCCUCUGCCCCUACCCCCUCCGCUCCCCCUUCCACUCCAGCCCCUCCCUCCUCCCCUGCCCGGUCCCGGCCCCUCCCUCCCCUCCCCCACUCGCGAUCCGGGCCGCGGCUGCUGGGCCGGACCCCCGGGGCUCAGCCCGGCCCCUCGCCGAGCCGCCACCGCCGCCUCCCCGUUUGCUGAGGAGGAGGCCCCCGGCCGGGGUGCGGAGCGCGGGGCAUAAAGCCGGCCAGAGCCGGCGCCCAGGGCACUAGAGCCUCGUACGGCCCAGGGCAGCGCCCGCCGCCCGCGCUCCUCCCGGCCGCUCCUCCCGCCGGCCCCACGCCUACUCCGCGGCCGUCCGACCAGCCCCUCGCGCUGCCCGGGCCCUGGCCCCGGCCCCCUCGCGCCGCACCGCCCCCGGCCCGGCCCGCCUCCUCCUCCCUCCUCCUUCCCCGGCUCCCUCCUCCCUCCCGCCUCCCCAGCUGUCCGGUUCGCGUCAUGCGGAGCCUCCCGUCCCCGCCGGCCCCGCUGCUGCUCCUCGGGCUGCUGCUGCUGCUCGGCCCCCGGCCGGCCCGCGGCGCCAGCCCCGAGCCCCCCGCGCUGCCCAUUCGUCCCGAGGAGGAGCCGCUGCCCGUUCCGGGAGCGACAGGCUGCGCCUUCGGCAAGAAGAUCUAUGCCUUGGACGAGACGUGGCACCCAGACCUGGGGGAGCCCUUCGGGGUGAUGCCCUGCAUGCUGUGCGCCUGCGAGACGCCUCAGUGGGGUUCCCGCUCGAAGGGCCCGGGCAAGAUCCGCUGCAAGAGCAUUAAACCCGAGUGCCCACCCGUAUCCUGCGGAGAGCCGCGCCAGCUGCCGGGACACUGCUGCCGGACCUGCCCCGAGGAGCGCAGCGUUCCCGAGACGCAGCCCACGGGCCUGGCCUCCGAUUACCCGCGUGACCCAGAGCACCGCAGCUACAGCGACCGCCGGGAGCAGGGAGCUGAAGGCCGGGCGAGGGGAGAUAGCUACACGGACUUUGUGGCGCUGCUGACAGGGCCGAGGUCGCAGGCCGUGGCGCGGGCCCGAGUGAUAUUGCUGCGCUCUAGCCUGCGCUUCUCCAUCUCCUACCAGCGGCUCGACCGUCGCCCAAUCCGAAUCCGCUUCUCAAACUCCACCGGCGGUGUCCUGUUUGAACACCCUGCGGCCACUAACCAAGAUGGCCUGGUCUGUGGGGUGUGGCGAGCAGUGCCUCGGGCGUCUCUGCGGCUCCUUCGGGCAGAACAGCUCCAUGUGGGACUUGUAACACCCGCUCAUCCUUCGGGGGAGGUCUGGGGGCCUCUCAUCCGGCACCGGGCCCUGGCUGCAGAGACCUUCAGUGCCAUCCUGACCCUGGAAGGGAACCCACAGCAGGGCAUAGGGGGCAUCACCCUACUCACACUCAGUGACACAGAGGAUUCCUUGCAUUUUUUGCUGCUCUUCCGGGGCCUGCUGGAACCCAGGAGUGGGAGACCAGCCCAGGUUCCCUUGCGGCUCCAGAUUCUCCACCAGGGACAGCUAUUACGAGAGCUCCAGGCCAAUGCCUCAGCCCAGGAAACAGGUUUUGCUGAGGUGCUGCCCAACCUGACAGCCCAGGAGAUGGACUGGCUGGUGCUAGGGGAACUGCAGAUAGUCCUGGAGAGGGCAGGUGGGCCAGGGCCGCGUAUCAGUGGACACAUUGCUACCAGGCAGAGCUGUGAUGUCCUGCAAAGUGUCCUUUGCGGGGCGGAUGCCCUGAAUCCAGUACAGACGGGUGCGGCUGGCUCAGCCAGACUUACACUGCUAGGAAACGGCUCCCUAAUGUACCAGGUGCAAGUGGUAAGUACAGGCAGUGAGGUGGUGGCCAUGACACUGGAGACCAAGCCUCAGCGGAGAGACCAGCGCACCGUCCUGUGCCACAUGGCUGGACUCCAGCCAGGAGAACACAUGGCCGUAGGUGUGUGCCUGAGGCUGGGUGCCCGAGGGGCUCAUAUGCUGCUGCAGAACGAGCUGUUCCUGAACGUGGCCACCAAGGACUUCCCCGAUGGAGAGUUGCGAGGGCAUGUGGCUGCCCUGCCUUACAAUGGGCACAGAGCCCGCUGUAACACACUGCCCGUGCCCCUGGCAGGCGCCCUGGUGUUGCCCCCUGUGCGGAGUCGUGCAGCAGGGCAUGCCUGGCUCUCCCUGGAUACCCACUGUCACCUGCAUUAUGAAGUGCUGCUGGCUGGGCUUGGGGGCUCAGAACAGGGCACUGUUACUGCCUAUCUCCUCGGUCCCCCUGGAAUGCCAGGGCCCCGGCGGCUGCUGAAGGGAUUCUAUGGUCCAGAGACUCAGGGCGUGGUGAAGGACCUGGAGCCUGAGCUGCUGCGGCAUCUGGCACAGGGCACUGCUUCCCUGCUGAUCGCCACCAAGGGGAACCCCCAAGGGGAGCUUCAAGGGCAGGUGCACAUCGCCAACCAAUGUGAGGCAGGUGGUCUGCGCCUGGCUGUGGCUGGGUUCCAGGAGGCUCGGAAGCCCGGGCCUUCUCAUUCAGUGGUACCUGCACUGCCCCCAUUGCCUACUGUGUUCAGCCCUGACACUCCAGCAUCUGUCAAACCCAGUGGCCCCUGGAAAGCUCCAGAACCCAACACCUGCUUCUUUGAGGGGCAGCAGCGCCCCCAUGGGUCUCGCUGGGCACCUAACUAUGACCGGCUCUGCUCAGUCUGCACCUGCCAGAAAGGUACUGUGAUUUGUGACCCUGUGGUGUGCCCGACACUCGGUUGCCUGAGCUCGGUGCGGAUGCCGGGCCAGUGCUGCCCAGUGUGCCCCGGGAAAGAAGAUGUCAGAGACCUGCCAGGGUUGCCAAGAAGCAGGGACCCUGGAGAGGGCUGCUAUUUUGAUGGUGACCGGAGCUGGCGGGCAUCAGGUACCCGGUGGCAUCCUGUGGUGCCCCCUUUUGGCUUAAUGAAGUGUGCUGUCUGCACCUGCAAGGGGGACACUGGAGAAGUGCACUGUGAGAAGGUGCAGUGUCCCCGACUGGCCUGUGCCCACCCUGUCCGCGCCAACCCCACUGACUGCUGCAAACAGUGUCCAGCGGUGGUCUACCCUCAAUUGGGGGACCCCAUGCAGGCUGAUGGGCCCCGGGGCUGCCGUUUUUCAGGGCGGUGGUUUCCAGAGAGCCAGAGCUGGCACCCCUUAGUGUACCCCUUUGGGGAGAUGAACUGCAUCACCUGCAAAUGUGGGGGAGGGGUGCCCCACUGUGAGCGGGAUAACUGUUCGCUGCCAUUGUCCUGCGGCCCGGGCAAGGAGAGUCGAUGCUGCUCCCACUGCACACCCCGACAGUCUGCAGAGAACAGGACAGUUCCAGAGCUGGAGAAAGAAGCCGAGGACUACUAGCGAGCAGCUGGAAGGCAGCUCGACCAAGAGGAUGGGGGAAGGAAUGCUGAGGACCCUACGUUUUCUUGCAGGAAACUCAGUGCCUUUGGCCCCUCUUUUCUGCCUCUUCUCCCUCCCCCACUACCUCUGGGAACCACAACUCCACAGGGGGAGGGGCAACCAGGGCAGACCAAGGCCAUGUCCACUUCAAUUCCUGCCGUGUCACCCUCUGGCUUCUGCCUUGGGAGCCCACCCCCU